CUUAUCGCCGCGCUCGCGCAUCUUAUUUGUUUUGUCCUGUAUCAGUCGCUAUCUACACGCGAGGACGAACAUACGUACAUCAACCAAAAUGUCAGACGCAACCAGCCUCCUGGAACCAGGCAAGGAGAUCCGCCCGGUCAUCGACCACGACGGAGUCAAGCUCCUCGUGGAACGCCUCUACGGGAUCUCAGCUCUGGAACUGGUGGAGAUGGACGGCUACGACGACAAGAACUACAAGAUUGUUGAGGAUCCCAACGUGAAGAACCCAUUGAUCACGAACCACAGCCCGCAUGGAUAUGUGCUGAAGAUCAUGAACUCGAUGGACUCGCAGAAAGUCAAUGUGGUUGAGGCACAGAACGAGAUUAUGAAUUUCUUGGCCACCCGCUCGGUAACCUGCCCCAAGCCAGUCCGCAACGUGUACGGUCACCUGCACUCCAUCGAGACCAUCAACGGCAAGCAGCACGCGGUACGACUGCUAGAGUUCGUGCCUGGAGAGCUGCUGAGCAACGUGCCGCAGUCGGAGGCUCUGUUCUACCAGCUUGGAGAGUUCGUGGCUAAUCUGGAUAAUAAGCUACAGAACUUCAACCACUCAGGGCUGGCGUCGCACGAGCACAUGUGGAUGCUGACCACGGUGCCUCUACUCGAGAAGUUCAAGUACGUCAUCAAGGACGCCGAGAAGCUGGACCUGGCGGAGGAGGUUAUCGAAGAGUUCAAAUACGCAGUAGUCCCACGACUGGACGAACUGGAGAAGGGCGUCAUCCACGGUGACGUCAACGUCAUGAACGUGCUCGUCACGCCCAAGCCCGGCAGCGAGUCAGAAUACCGAGUGACCGGCAUCAUCGACUUCGGCGACAUCCAAUACUCGUACUACGUGUUCGAGGUGGCCAUCGCCAUGACGUAUGUCAUGCUGAUGACGGGUGACCCUCGUUCCGGGGCUUUAGUCUUGGCGGGAUACACCGUCAGCCGCCGUUUGCCUGACCACGAGUAUAGGCUGCUGAAGACCCUCAUCUCAGCGCGCCUAGUCCAAAGCCUGGUCCUGGGCGCCUACACACUGGAGCAAGAUCCCAAGAACACCUACGUCACGGCCACCGAGAAGGCCCACGGCUGGGACCUGCUCCGCAAGAUCCGCAAGACCAAGCCCAGCGCUGAUGAAACAGACCCCACGGAUUGGAAGACCAUCGCCAAUGAGUACUUAACCAAGAGUUAAGUCAAGAUU